CGGUGGACAAGGGAACCACAAAUUACACGUUCUCCAUGAUUGCUUACGACCUGAGCGAGUUGUCGGCUUUUCUCACCUACCAGACCCCCUGUGGACAAGCAAUUGUUGGUUUCGCUAUUCGGCGUGGAUCUGGCCAGGCGUGCAGAAACCAUGCGGUGCGACACAGGCUUGCCUCACAUUGGACGAACUUGCUUCUCGAUGUACGGAAUGGUUCAGCUUGAGCCCAAAUGAGUUCCAUGCAGCAUCAUUUGAAAGCACCCUCUACUCGGCAGCUGUCCUACUGGCUAAUUCAAGCAAAGGAGGGUUUAUUGGAAGGGUAUCGCAUUGCUGCCAGUCGAUGGAGGAUUGCAGAGGAGGCUCCGCGCUGAAAUAGGAUAAUACCUCGAUAUCCAGCCUUGCUUUGCCUGCGACCUGAAAUAAAUCCCUGUUCCUCAUCAAAGAGAAGCAUCUUUACCCCGUAUAUUAAUCAACAACACUUUUACUGAGAUCUGUUACUCUGUCAUUGCACGGCAUAGAACGAGCCACCACCGUCACCUGCUCCUUGCCGAACACUUCCUAAAUUCUCGAAGUAGAGUAUACCCAAAGCACAAAAAUGAGCGGAUCCAGCGUCAGUGUCAGUACUCCUAAGAAUAAGAUCAUCAUUGGGAUUGAUUUCGGAACGACAUGCUCGUCAAUUGGUUACGUACACAGCUCGGAGCCAGAAGGGUCAAAGACCGUUAAGAGAUGGCCAGAUUCGGCCCAAACCACAGAGUGGGUGCCUACAACAAUCAAAUAUCACGAUGACGAUCCUACGUCUUAUAGGUGGGGCUACCAGAUCGAAGACGAGGAAGAAAGGCACGAAUGGUUUAAACUUGGCUUGAAUUCCGACGUUCCACUAUCCGGUCUUGCACUGAGUUAUCCAAAUCGUACCGCGUUACCUGCCGUGACCGGUGCAGAAGCCGCGAGAUUGACUACAGACUACUUGCGAGGGUUAAAGAAACAUGUCGACCAAUACAUUUCGGAGAAGCUCGGAGAGGUGUUCCUCAGAAACAAAAAACCUCAAUACAUCAUCACAGUACCAGCUGUCUGGUCAGACAAGGCACAGGCUGGAACACGACAAUGCGCGCAAGAUGCUGGUAUGGGACACAAGAACAACAUCCAGAUCAUCACUGAGCCAGAAGCUGCGGGGAUAUACGCGUUGAAGAGCAUGAAGCUAGGCUUGAAAGAAGACGAUACGUUCGUUCUAUGCGAUGCUGGUGGUGGUACUGUCGACCUCAUCUCCUAUACAGUGGCACAGCUCGGCAAGUCACCUCUGAUUUACGAAUCUGCCCAAGGAUCUGGAGGUCUUUGUGGCUCUACCUUCCUCAAUCGUAUCUUCGACGCCUUCCUCCGCCAGAAAUUUGCUUACUACAGUGCAUGGGUGGAUAAUGGCUACCAUCAGGACGCAAUGCACAGGUUCGAGGUCCGGAUUAAGAAGGAGUUCAACGGUGACCUUGACAAGUCCUUCUCCGUGCCUGCGCGAGGUUUACCUUAUCGGCCGGGGAUGAACAUUGAGAAUGGCCAGGUCAAAAUUUCAGGCCGAGAGCUCCAGCAGAUCUUCGAACCAGUCAUAGCACAAAUCCUGUCUCUUGUAACUGCACAAAUACGAGCAACUCAUAAGCAAGUAACCGCGGUUCUCUUAGCGGGCGGGUUUGGAACAAGUAAGUACUUGAUGAAGAGGAUCCAGGACGAGGUAGGUAGUAUCAAAGUUAUACCGGUUGAGGAUGGCGAAACAGCGAUUGUAAGAGGUGCGUUGAUUCGUGGAUUGGCAGAGAUGUCGCCAAAGCUCGCAACUGUGCGAAUCGGUGCUCGGAAAGUGCGCAAAUAUUACGGAACUCUCGCAUACGAUGUUUAUGAUCCAGAGAAGCAUGAUCACAAGCGAAAGUAAGCCCGCUUGGACCAGUGAAUCUUCUAUUGAAUUUUACUUACAGCAUUUCCAGAGAGCCAGACGACUUCAGGGACGGAGAUCGAAUCCAGGUAAUGAGCUGGUUUGUCUGCAAAGGGCAAGCCGUUGAUGAAUCGAAACCAGCCUCAUUCCAUUUUUACUGGGACCAAAAAGUUUCUGAGGGCCGCCCUGGGAUAAUCGAAAUGGCAAUCUAUGCCUGCGAUGACCCGAAUGACCAAGGCGCACCAAUGUACGCAGACGACAGAGGGGUCAAGAAGCUAGUUGAGCUCAAAGCAGACGUAAAGAGCAUCCCAGCUUCCGAAUUUAACCAAGAGCCCAACGACAGGGGAGAGAUGUACUACAAGCUAGACUUCGACAUUGAAAUGUCGUGUCGAUCCGGCAGUCUCAAUUUCGCUAUCGUGUAUAAUAAGAAGAGAUACGACACGGUGAAGCAGGUCUUUGUGUGAGCAGCUGGGGCUUACAUGUAGAAUUUCUAGCAAUUAGCUAUUUGAUUAAAUUGUGUAUAGCUAGUUGUGAUAUGGCAAGCAGCAAUGGCCGGUGCUUCUCUGUGAUUUCGCUUGUAAACGCUCGCGCUAGUAUAAAAGAUUCAUCUGACCAUCUCGAUACUUGAGAACGAGCAUUUUGAUUAUAUUAAGGUAGA